CUUCAGCAAAAUUUUGCUUGCAUGUGAUAUAUGGUUCUAGAAACAACUCAUUCCUUUCAUAGUAAUUUCAUUGGUUUGCAUGAUAUUUCAAUUUUUUAAUUCCAGCUGUGGUACAGUGGAUUGCUUUUAUGUGGUCUUUCUUGCCAUGGUCUUGUAACUCCCACCCAAGUGAUUGGAUAGAACUAUGCACAUACAGUGAUUGUGGCCCACCAAGGAAAUUGUUCAGUUUUGCCAUCCCGCUGGACUUGAAAUGAGCCAUUCCAGAGAUGGGAAAGAUAGGAUCUCACUACCACCAAGGAAGAAGGGCCAAGAGCAGAGCGCAUCCUUUGGACUUGGGAUCCCUGUGCAAAGAAGCUCCUGGAACCAGGAGGCAGAGAGAAAGAGAAAGUUAUAACACUAAAGACGGUGAGAUGCGGUGCAGAGAAAUGGUGAUGGGAGAGACCAGCAGGAGAUACUGACAGGAAGCCCAUGGAGGGAGAAAACUGAGUGCCUUUGGGCAGGAGGCAUGCUGGAGGAGUAGGGUGCCUUCAGGGACUUGAUAGAGUUGGUUUGUUGACCCAUGGAGCUAUAACUGAGUGCCUUUGGGCCAAGCUAAAAGAGCUUUGUAACACUUGUCAAGCAGGGCAGAGGCCAAGGGGCCAGAGAAAGGCAUGCCUGCGGGCACAGCUGAGAAGAGGCUGUUCUGAUGGAAGAACUAUAUCCUGAGUUUUCCUGAACCUAAAUUAAAAAAACCUGUUAAUUCCCUGAUAUACUCCAUAACUGUGAGUAUGGUCUGUGAUUUCUUUGUGGCCAUUGCAAUGAAUUAUUGAACUCAGCAGAGAAGUAGAGUGCCAUGGGAGGGACAGUUGGUGUUAGAAUUGGUAAAGAUGGCAGAGGGAGGAGGCAUGUCUGACCUCUGCCUCAUAGGGAUCAGCCUUGGGCUAUGAUCUUGAUUCUCCUUCCCCCUUGUGAAGUUAGAGGCGGUCACACACUUCCCUCAUGCCAUACACCAACAAAUACGACUGACAUAAACAGGUUUGAGAGCAAACAAUUGACUCUUGGAGAGCAUAGUCUAUUGCUUGGUCCCAAACCUGUUAGUGCCAAUUAAAUUUGUUGAAAUUAAAAAAUUGAAAUAUUAUGCAAAUCAAUGCAGUUACUAUGAAAGGAAUGAGUUGUUUCUAGAACUAGACUGAAAUUCUUUGGAAUGAUUACUCUGAAACAGUUUCUGCUUCAGGAGUGUCAAAGUUCUAGUUCCACUCUAAUAACACCUAAACCAGAAUUUGUAGAGGACACAUCAAGGAUUUAUGCAAGACUUGUUUCUGAAUUACAGUCUCCAAAGAAAGGAACUUAGGCUCACAUCACCAAUGUAAAUAUACAUACGUAUUUUAAGUAUGUUUGUGCAUGUUUUGUAGUUCUCCCUUUUAACCAACUCUUUUUAUUUACGUGGCCAGCUGUCAGUCUGGUUUGCAUUUUAUGAGGGCUUCUGUUCAUUUACUUUAGUGAUAUCAACAGCUUCUGCAUUCUAAAUGUAAUCGUAUGGAGGUAACAAUCAGAAUUUUAACAGUGUCUUCAAACCUUUAUGAACAAGGUGCAAAUAUCUCAAACCAGUUCAGAUGUUGCUGUUUCCUCAAGUUGCAGGUCUAUGGAAAUGCAGGAUCUAACCAGCCCGCAUAGCCGUCUGAGUGGUAGUAGUGAAUCCCCCAGUGGCCCCAAACUCGAUAACUCUCAUAUAAAUAGUAAUUCCAUGACUCCCAAUGGCACCGAAGUUAAAACAGAGCCAAUGAGCAGCAGUGAAAUAGCUUCAACAACAGCAGACGGGUCUUUAGACAAUUUCUCAGGUUCAGCAAUCGGAAGCAGUAACUUCAGCCCGAGACCAACUCACCAGUUCUCCCCACCACAGAUUUAUCCUUCCAAUAGCAGGCAAUACCCACAUAUUCUCCCUACCCCUUCCUCACAAACUAUGGCCGCCUAUGGGCAGACACAGUUUACCACAGGAAUGCAACAAGCUACAGCGUAUGCCACGUACCCGCAGCCAGGACAGCCGUACGGAAUUUCCUCGUAUGGUGCAUUGUGGGCAGGCAUCAAGACUGAAGGUGGAUUGUCACAGUCUCAGUCACCUGGACAGACAGGAUUUCUAAGCUAUGGUACAAGCUUUGGAACCCCUCAACCUGGACAGGCACCAUACAGCUACCAGAUGCAAGGUAGCAGUUUUACAACGUCAUCAGGAUUAUACACAGGAAAUAAUUCACUGACAAAUUCCUCUGGUUUUAACAGUUCACAGCAGGACUAUCCAUCGUACCCCAGUUUCGGCCAGGGGCAGUACGCACAGUAUUAUAACAGCUCACCGUACCCAUCACACUAUAUGACAAGCAGCAACACCAGCCCAACAACGCCAUCCACAAAUGCCACUUACCAGCUUCAAGAACCGCCAUCUGGCAUCACCAGCCAAGCAGUCACGGAUCCAACAGCAGAGUACAGUACAAUCCAUAGCCCGUCAACACCCAUUAAAGAUUCAGAUUCUGAUCGAUUGCGUCGAGGUUCAGAUGGGAAGUCACGCGGACGGGGCCGAAGAAACAAUAAUCCCUCACCUCCUCCCGACUCUGAUCUUGAGAGAGUGUUCAUCUGGGACUUGGAUGAGACGAUCAUUGUCUUCCAUUCCUUGCUUACUGGGUCCUAUGCCAACAGAUACGGGAGGGAUCCACCUACUUCAGUUUCCCUUGGACUGCGAAUGGAAGAAAUGAUUUUCAACUUGGCAGACACACAUCUAUUUUUUAAUGACUUAGAAGAAUGUGACCAAGUUCAUAUAGACGACGUCUCUUCAGAUGAUAACGGACAAGACCUAAGCACAUAUAACUUUGGAACAGAUGGCUUUCCUGCUGCAGCAACCAGUGCUAAUUUAUGCUUAGCAACUGGUGUGCGGGGUGGUGUGGACUGGAUGAGGAAGUUGGCCUUCCGCUACAGACGAGUAAAAGAGAUCUACAACACCUACAAAAACAAUGUUGGAGGUCUACUGGGCCCCGCCAAAAGAGAAGCCUGGUUGCAGUUGAGGGCAGAGAUUGAAGCCCUGACGGACUCUUGGUUGACGCUGGCCUUGAAGGCACUCACGCUCAUCCACUCCCGGACAAACUGUGUGAAUAUUUUAGUAACAACUACUCAGCUCAUCCCAGCGUUGGCGAAAGUUCUGCUAUAUGGAUUAGGAAUUGUAUUUCCAAUAGAAAAUAUUUACAGUGCAACUAAAAUAGGAAAGGAAAGCUGUUUUGAGAGGAUAAUUCAGAGGUUUGGAAGGAAAGUGGUGUAUGUCGUUAUAGGAGAUGGUGUGGAAGAAGAACAAGGAGCAAAAAAAAUAAUGUUGUCAAGACCAAAAACAUGGAUGUCAAGUGUCAAUAAGGAUUUUGUUUUCCCAAAUUUUUUUCUCAUCAAUUCUUUUUUUUUUUUUUAAUGCUAUUAGGACAGUUUUGGUUAAAAAAAAGAGUGGUUUCUUAAAUAACUUGGGAAAAAAGGUCUUAAUACCACCUCACUGUUUCAUUUUCCACACGAAUUAAUGUAUUAUAUGUAACUACUUGGAAUAAAAUGAUUAUUCAAAUGCUUCUUCCCACAGAAAGAAUGUAGAUGAUAGAAUAUAUUUUAUUAAUAAAAAGUGUCACAAAUUGGAGACUAGCAAAGCAAGGUUUUCAUGGGCUCAAUUACUUUUGUGUCUGCGUUUUUUUUUUUUUUUAGAUAAAGGAGUAAAUUACUACAUACCUGGAAAUCAGCACAAAUUGGCAUUAUUCCUUAGAGCUGCAUUUUCUCUCUGUCCCUUUCCUCUUCUCUCUUUUGCUCCUUCUCACUGAGGAAAGUUCAUUGCCGGCGGUGGACUGGGCACAGUCAACAUCACCAAGGAACUGAUUUCCUCUCUACAAAUCUGGGGAAUAAAAACUGUCACCUUCAUCACACCAUAAGAAAGUUUCUCCAAAAGUGAUCCAUUUGUCUGGGCACUGUUUUUCUCAGCUAAAGCCUUCCAUUGUCCUGAAAUUACUUUUGCAUUUUUUUUUUUUUAAUAUUAUGUUGGGAAAAAAACAUCAGCUUUGACCCAGCUACCCAAAGUAGCUACAGAGCUACUCCAUCUAUUUUUGAAGUUUCAUGUUGCUGCUAGAACUAGUCAUUGGUGGACUCUCCAAAUUGCUUAAAUUAACAACUGGAUUAGCUCUUUUCUUUUUUGCUUGAAGCAAACAGAAGUUGACAGUUUUUUCACCUUUUCUUUUUACGGUUUUGUACUCUGCAGACUGAAAAGACAACGUUUCUCUUGGCCUUACUGUAUAAAGGUGUGUUGUGUCCACAGCUGUGUACAGAAUUUUUCUUCAUUUUGUGUUUAAAUUAAUAAAAUUGAUUUGUGAAGUACUGUAAGCUUCUUGAAUAUCUAUUUUUUCUUUUUUCCUCUUGGUUAUAUGAAAUAGCAGGAUCUUGGUUGCCUUAGAAAGCUCAUAGUCAAACAAAAGGAAGUUGUAUGAAGUAAUUGCAGUGAUGGCUUUAUCAGUCUUUUAGGAGACUAAACUAGAAGGGUAACAGUUGUUUCUUUGAUCACUGUAAGAACAGAUGAGUGGAAAAGCUCUUUACACCCCCCCCCCCAAAAGAAAACUAAGUUGGAGCCUCCUUCCCAUUUAUCUAUUGCGGAACAGAAUUCAGCAUCAGGUGUUUUGCCCAGCAGAGCAUAGAUUUAGCCACUUAAAUACCCAAGGGACAGCGACGUCAAACAGUUUCAUCUAUGAAGAAUGCCUACUACAUAUACCUCUAAGAUUUGGCUGUGUUAAUCACGGACAGAAGGCUGUAAAACAGCAUAAUUUGUGUCCUCCUACUCUGUCCUAUAGGGUCGCUAUGAGUUGGAAUUGACUCAACGGCAAUGGGUUUUGGGUAGGACUUAAUUUUAGAAACACCAGAUUCAUACACGCAAACAUGGGAAAAUCAGACUUGCAAAUUUCUAACUCAUUUAUCAGGCCCAAGACGUUCAUUUUUCACAUGCACGCACAGGGCCAGAUGGGAUGAUUAGUGAAGUGUCUGAGCAUGCUCAGAUAGCCUGAGAAUGAAAAAGGUUUGGGGGAAGUCUUCAGCGAGGGGUAUUUAGGUGUCAAGUGAAGAAAGUAUGGGUAUUAGGGAAAACAGGAUAUACCCUCAACAGAUAAAUUUUCUAAAGCAUCACUUCUGACAUGACACCUUGCCCACGAUGCUUAUAGGCCUCUCUUUUGACCAUAGGUUAGAGCCCAUGUUUCUCCACCUGGCAUUCUAGAGCCUCCAAAUACAGUCUCUACCUUCCUUCCCCUAUCACCCUUAUGUCAGUUUGUCAUACUGUGGUGGCUUGCAUGUUGCUGUGAUGCUGGAAGCUAUGCCACCCAUAUGUCAAAUACGAGCAGGGUUACCCAUGGUGGGCAGGUUUUAGCAGAGCUUCCAGACUAAGACUAGGAAGAAAGGCUUGAUGAUUACUUCUGAAAACUAGCCUAUGGAUCACAAUUAGGGCUUCAAACUGGUUCCUUCCAGUUCAAACUCCUGCUGACAAUUUGCAUUUCCAACGAAUUCCCAGAUGAUGCUAGUACUGCUGGUGAGGGACCAAUUCUGAGAACCACUAGCAGAGCAGUGGUUCUCAAAAUAUACAGAAGAGUCACCUGGGGAUCUUGUUAAAAUGUAGAUCCUGAUUCAGUAUAUAGGGUGUGGAAAUGCAAAUUCUCAUCAGGGGUUCAAACUGGAGCAAACCAGUUUGAAGCCCUGAUCACCACCAAAUAUUGUCUGAUAUAGUUGUGGAAGAUGCCUUCCUAGUUUGGAAGGCACUCAGAAUACACAGUGACCACAACAAUGGACUUGAGCACACCAAUAAUCAUGAAGAUGGCACGCAGUGUUUUAUUGUGUUGUACAUGGGGUUGCCAUGAGUCAGAGCCAACUCGACAGCAGCUUAUGACAACUUUCCUUCCCAAUAUUAUC